AUGCAGUACGAGCGCGUACAGGCCCUGGUGAAGCAAUUCCAGGAGGACAAAUAUGUUCUGAGGGCCUAUGGGAAGAUAUACGCCCUGAACAGGUGCAAGGCGUACAGGAGCGUGCGCGUGGAGGACGUGGAGAGGCGGAGGCGCGCGAGGGGGGAAGGCAGUCCGGAUGAAGCGAGUGGGAAGGACCCUGAUGAAGGAAGCGGAAAACACGCCGCUGAACGAAGUGGAGAAGAAGACGCCAAACUUCAGGGCAUCAUCCAGAUCGUGAAUAAAACGCUAUACCACUACACAGAUGAGACGCUAAACCGAUUUAGCGAAAACGAUGAGCAAUUGGCGAAAUUAUACAGCCAGAUCGACCAGUGUAGCACACUAUGUCAGGAGGUAGACACGGUGCUAACUAACCACAAAAACGAACUCACAUACAUCUCAAGCGACAUUAACGAAAUACAGACCAUCACAGAGACGAUGACACACAAACUGAAAAAUAGGAGAGUCACUCUCGAGUUACUAAACACAUACAUUAAGAUCAUUUUAGUCACACCACAGUUAAUAUGUGAUAUCUGUAAUGGAAACAUAAAUGAGCAGUUUGUUGAAAACGUGAAGAUACUGACAAAGAAGUUGGAGAACUGUGAGCACUGCUUGUUUGACUCCUACCCGAGUAUUCGCUCCUCCUAUGUCGAAUUACAGAAAUUGAAGAAUAAAGCCAUCGAUCGAAUUCAUCGAUUUUUUCGUAACAGUAUUCACGAUAUAGAGAGUAAAAGGAGUAAUGUCCACUUCGUACAGCAACACUUAGGAAGGUUUUACGAGCUGAAUUCAUUUCUCUACAAUAACUGCAAAGAGGCGUACACUUAUCUGGUGAAGGAAUAUGUUACCAUUAUGAAUCGAACAUAUUACAACCUAUUCCGGAGCUACAUGCACGAUUUGGAGAAAAAGAAAGUCGAGUUCAAUGGAGAGUUGACUAUAGGUUGGACUGGCAACCACGUCGACUCCUCCACCGGGGGCAGUGACUUCCGCAUGGGGAGAAACGACCCGCUGAGUGACCCCUCCAACUGGCAGAGCAACCGAGCCAACUUCGCAAACCCGCACGGUGAAGGGACCACAUCACAGAGCGACUCUCUCGUACCGGGGAUAAACGCCAACCUCAGUCUUCUCUCCGCGAAGAAUAAAAUGAUGAACAUGCUGGGCUUCGGCUCCAAGGGGGGGGUGGCCUCCCAAGACAGGAAGGAAAGUCUCUUCCCGCUGAGCAAGCGGACCAGCGUUCUCCUAGACUUGGCCUACUACCCAGGGGGAGGGAGUGACAUCGGGGAAGCGGUCACUCUAGAGGCGGCCACUGAAGAAGCGGACACUGUAAAAGCGGACACUGCCGCCCUCCCCACUGCUGCCGCCUUACCCAUCAUCUUCACCACGGACAGCCGCCCACACUUCUUCGAGGCCAUCUACAAAUCCAUCAGCAAGCUCUUCGUAGACACAGGAACGGCGGAGUAUCUUUUCCUCUCAAACUUUUUCCGCAACUACGAGAAUCAUGACUUCUUGUUCCUCUACGUGUACGCGAAGACGCUGUCUCUUCACUUCGAUUUCCUCUAUUACUACCUCAGCGAGACCUUCGACUUCAUUGCGCUCUUUUGCAUCUACAUGAUUAAUCUUAAUAACGGAUGCCUGACUAAACGGAGGGGUAUCGCCCCCUUGUAUGAAUUUAUCCAUCGGAUUCAGAACCUCAUUUGGAACAGAAUCGACUACAUCGUUAGUGAGAACGUCAGGUCGGUGACGGUUCACCAUGGGGAGACGAGCCGCAUGGAAAGAAGGCACAUCGAGAUGGCGGAGCAGCGCAACAUCCCCCUUAACCAUCCACACCAGAAAAGCAGCUUAUACAAUUUAUUCCACCUUAACAGUGCCCAGACGGGGAGUACAUACCUAAAUAGUGGCUGCCUCACUCCGUCCAAUGGGUAUGCACUGCACGGGGGCAGUAGUACUACUGUGAGGAGCACCCCUCCCAAUGGGGUCUUCACCACGUCGUCAGCAACCCAUUUGGGUCCGAUGGACCAGGGGGAAGCAGAAGAGGCAACCAUCACGCGAAUUGCUCCUCUACAAUGUGCCUCGUCUCAAGAGGGGAUUAGCCAAUGGAGCAGACAUACCCAAGGAGAUGGCGCUCCUCCGUACCGUCACGCACAUCCCGUAGUUAAACGAUUUUCAGACUUCUACUGCUCCCUAGUGGUUCUAACCAAACUAUCUCUCCAUUUAGAGAAAGAGCACCAUGUGAAAAUGUGUUGCGGGGUGGUCUCCUCCGGUGAGAGGGGAAGCCCACCAAAAAAGAAGACCCCCCCUUCUACCACCUUGGGGGCUCACUCCAGGGAAGAGAUGUCAAAUAGGGGAGAACCCCUCCCAGGAGACCAGCGUACAGGCAAAGGAGCCAAUUCGAGUGACAGUCCAAACGGGAGUGACAACCCGGGUGGUGACCUGCAAGAAGCGAAACGAAACAUAAACGUGAAAAGCAGAAGUGAUGAGACGGAUAGCCCAAUUGGGUUAACUGACGGUGGGGGGGAACGCACGAUGAAGGAAUGCAACGAGGGGAAAGAAGGACAUGACCCGGAACGGACGCCGAAGCAAUGCGAGGAGAGUAAACAGGGAGAAGACCCGGAACACUCACGGAAGGAAUCCGCCAAAACAGCUCAGCAAACGAAAGGAGAUCAGGAUCACCCCAUUGAAAAAAAAUACAGCCACCUAAAUGAUCUCAUCGGAAGGUUAGAAGAAAACAUAAUAGACGUUUUAGCCGUCCAUAAGAACCAGUUUCCACACACUAGGGAUCAGCUCCUCUUUCUUAUUAAUAACUAUUGCCACAUGAUACACGUCAUGAGGAACAACAGAAUUGAAGAAGACAAGAUCGACCGCUUCGACCAACUGUUAAAGAAAGAAAUGAAUGCGUACGUAGAAUUCCAGCUGAACCACUAUGCGACGGAUUUGAUUCUGUUUGUCUCUAAGCAUGAACAGAUAGUAGACAAGUUAAAGAAAGAUGGCUACUGUCCCAGUGAUUUCACAUCUGAAGUAGAUGCAAAAUUAAUGGAAUCUGUGGCAAUUCAGUUUACCAAAAAUUGGAAAGACCUUUUUAAAAACAUCAAACAAGAAGUUACCCUCUCCUUUCCCCACACGGACACUUCCGCACAAAUACUAAAAAUGCUGAACACACAGAUUCUGUUAUACUUCACUAGAUUCCAUCAGCUGCUCAAGGGGUUCUUCGCUCGCGUCCAGCCACCCCCCUGCGUUGAGAGCCUGCCCUCCGUUGAUGUCGUCCUCGUGCAGAUUAAGAAGGACGCAAAGGGGGGGAUAAACCCGUAG